AUGCGGAUUUCCAUCAGGAAAUGCUUCAUACUCUCAGUGGGCAUUGUAUUCCUGUGGCUCUUCAUCACUUUGAAAAUCCCCAAGGAAACUGAAGAUGAUCAAAAUGUGGUGACUAUCAAAGGCCAAGUAGCAACCCUUGAGCUUGCUCAGUUUGGGAACUGGGAAUAUAGGGUGGAAAUGGUGUGGACAGGCAGAUUCUUGAAAGCCCCUGGGCUUUCCUUCCUCCUGUACCUUUUCACCCGAGAGCAGGAAGCUCCAAAGGGAAUGGGGGAGGCCAGUUAUAACAGCAGGAAGGACCCAAGACCACUAGAAGACUGGCAGAAACUCACCUUCGAAUAUAUGGAAAAAAUCCAGAAGAGAAGAAAGAGAUGGCUGACGGUGGGGAUCUCCUCAGUGCAGCAAGGAGAUGGAAGCAGCCUCUUGUACACACUGGUCUCCCUGUUCCGUGUUUCUUCUAAGGCUGAGCAGAAACGUCUUACGGUGCUGGUCCAUCUGGCAGAUUCUGACCUCACCUGGCUCAAAGAAACUGUUGCCCAUAUUUCAAGCCUCUUCAGCCCACAGAUCUUGGAAGGGCAGUUGCUACUGAUCCAUGCUCCAUCUGAUGCCUACCCAACUGUGGACAGCGUCAGGGAUGAGGCCUUUCGUGGAGAAUUCUACUCCAAGCAGAACAUAGAUCACGCCUUCCUCAUGAGCUUUGCCACAAAGCUCUCUGAUUACUUCCUGUUAAUAGAGGACAAUGUCUUUAUUGCCCCCAACUUUGUCACCCACAUUUAUUCGAGGGUGGCCACCAUGAAGUCCAACUCGUGGGUGCUACUGGAGUUCUCCAAUAUGGGCUUCCUUGGCAAACUCUUCCACAGCAGGGACCUCCCACUCCUGGCCCAUUUCCUCCUCCUCUUCUACAAGGAGAAACCCCUCCACAGCCUGAUUUCUCAUUUCCGUACCCUCCUGGUCCAGGAAAGCCCAAUCCUCUGUAGACCUUUCCUCUUCUACCGCAGGAUCUCCUACACUGCCUUUGAUCACAAGCAGAAGGCCACAGGACUUCGGAAAAAGAACACCAUUGGUCCCGAUAACCCGCCUGCAGCUGUCUUCACUAAUAUGCAGGUUUCCAGUGUGCAUUUCCCCUGGGAGGCCUAUACUCUGGAUGAGUCAUUCUUUUGGACACACAACAUUAGUAUAGGAAACCACCUGACAGUGGUUCUGAACCAUCCAGCAAACCUGAGCAGGGUGCAAGUGAUGACGGGCUCCAUUGUGGACGGGAGGUACGCCCUGGAGAAGGGGCAGGUGGAGCUGGGCUACGAACCUGAGGGGAUGCCUCAGCACUGCACCAGCUUCGCCUUGCUGGGACGUCUUUCGGAGGGGCAGAUGGAUCAGGAGAUACUUCUGAAAGGUAUGGGGUACCACGUGAGCUGUGUGAGGCUGGUGGUGAAAGCUGGUCAGGCUGGGGGACUCAUAAUCAGGCAUAUCUACCUCUGGGAGAAAAAUGCCAAUUAGCAGCAAGUGGAUCAAUGCUGAAGACAAAUCAGUAGGGGGAUGAAAAAUUAAAAUCUUAAAGCCAUUUUAUUCUAGCCUAUAUGAGUGGCAUAGGGGAGACACAAGGGAAUUAAGGGCCAAGAGAGAGGACUGUCAGUCUUUUGGUGCUGCCAAGAUGUCAGGAGACUUGUCGCUUCCUUUCUACCCAAACAGCUCACAUAGAAUAUCUUUUGCGGGGGCAGAUAUAGCUUAUCCAAAUGUGGGAAGAGUUGUUGGUCACUCCCAAAAUCUUCAGAUACCUGAGAUGCUAGAUCAGCCCAAAUCAAGGCAUCUGUGUGCAUGUGUGUGCGCGCAGGUGGAUGCACAUCUAUGUUCACACACAGGCAGAGGUGGGGUGCAGUAUGUGGUCACAGGAAGGCAGGCAGGAGAACCACAGCUGAAUCCCUAGAACUGACAUCAUAAAAAGCCAUGAAAGGGACUCUCAUUAGAAGUCA